AUGUAUACAAUGAAUACGAGCAGUCAGUUAGCCGCUGGGAGCGCGCUUGACUCAUCGUCUGUUCAACAAUUGAAUACGACCAAAGAGGAGCUCAAAACUCAUUUCAUCACACGUGAAGGUGUUUAUAGGCGAAUGACGCUUUCAGAAUAUUCACGACCAAAUCGUGUUGCAUUAAAUCAGGGUGUUAGUAAUGUGGGUAACGCACCUGUUCGCAUAUCCUUUCUAACUAUCCAUCCGACAGCAUCCACAUCACAACAUCAGGCUGUUGGUAGUAUGAUGUUAAACGGUAGCAUACCAACACUACGCAAUUUGGCGUUAGAUACGGAUGUGGAGCAUAAUCUCGAUGAAAGUGAUUCCCCCACUUAUUCGGAUUCUGAUAUGAAUACCAGUAACGAUCGAAUAUGCUUCAAUGUUGGCCGUGAAUUAUAUGUUUUCGUUUAUCGAGGUGUUCAAAGUGCUGUCGAUUUGAAUAAGCCGAUCGAUAAGCGAGUGUACAAAGGUACUUAUCCUACAUCGCAUGAUUUCAAUCAAGAAACCGCUACAGCAGCUUCAUGCAGCUUGAUAAUUGGUUUUUCUGCUGGACAAAUUCAGCUUAUUGAUCCAUUUCGAAACGACUUGCAAAUCAGUCGAUUGUACAAUGAAGAUAGACUAAUUGACAAAACUGCAGUAACUUGCUUGAAAUGGAUCCCUGGUCAGCAACAGUGUUUUCUGGCAUCCCAUACAAGUGGUAACGCAUAUUUGUACAACGAAAAUUUACCUUGCAAUCAGUCUCCGCCUGUUUAUCAAAUUUUCAAGCAGGGAAACGGAUAUACAAUUUAUACAUGUAAAACUAAAACGUCAAGGAAUCCAGUUCAUCGUUGGGCCGUUGGAAAUGGUACGCUUCAUGAAUUUGCAUUCUCUCCGAAUGAUGAUACAACACUGCUUGCUACAGUCAGUCAGGAUGGUUUUUUACGAAUUUUCAAUUAUCAUGCAAUGGAAUUACUGGCUUAUAUGAAAUCCUAUUUCGGUGGAUUACUUUGUCUAGCAUGGAGUCCUGAUGCACGGUACAUUGUUACUGGUGGUGAAGAUGAUUUAAUAACUGUUUAUUCAGUUAUAGAGAAACGAGUCGUUUGUCGUGGGCAAGGACACAGAAGUUGGAUUUCUAAAGUAGCCUUCGAUCCUUAUACGUCAUGUGCAACAGAUAUUGUCGGUCCUUCAAGUAUUCCAGUCGAUCUUGGUUCUGAAGAAGAUUUGCAGCCAUCAAGUUUGAAUAGCAACGAUGUGCUGUUUAAAACUGCACAGUCAGUUAAUCGUAUAUUCAUCAAUAAUGCACAGUUCAACGGGCCAUCAUUUCUUGGUGACCUGCAGUCGACUUCCGCAUCUAUCCCACUAUCUUCGUUAAAAAAUUCCAUUGAUGGUUCAAUACCCAGUGUUCGAGGUGGAAUGCAGUCAAAUGUUCAAACGCAAGCGAGGAAAGAUUCGGUUUCUGUAUUAUCUGUUACCGGUAGUGCUUACACCAAUAUGGGCGUUACUUACAGAAUUGGUUCGGUAGGGCACGAUACACAGCUAUGUUUGUGGGAUUUAACAGAAAGUGUGUUGAAACAGACAGUACCUAAUCAAAAGCAUCGUACAUCAACUGUUAUUUCAAUCGGAACUGACCAGAAUAUGGCAAUGUGUACAACUUCGGAGACAUCAAAACCUGCUUCUGUUGACGUUCGAGAGCGACCACAUGGCAAAGAGAAAAAACAUAAACGAGGUUUUAGUUUCGCUGCGAAGUUAACUGGUAGUUCCCAUGACAGAUGGAACCGAAAUCAUUCCAUUACUACAGCGAAUGAAAAAGAUAAAGAAAAUUCAGCAAAAUUUUUGGGAACACCGGUGUGCCCACGAAUGGAGGAAAUAGCGGUAAUCGAGCCACUGAUAUGCAAGAAAAUCGCGCACGAACGAUUAACAGGAUUGAUAUUUCGUGAAGAUUGUGUGGUAACUGCUUGCCAAGAAGGUCUCAUAUUAACUUGGGCUCGACCUGGCAAGGCAGCGAUUCAGCGACACUCGAUAAAUUCACCGGUCGCGGUAAAUAUCAGUGGAACUGUAGUUUGA